ACGGUACAGACCCGGAAGUAGUAUGAACAUUGUGGAAACGCGAGGCGCCUGUGAGUUGCUGCUGCUUACAGUUCAUUGAAGACAUCCGAGAAGCCGAAACUUAUUAAAACAUGAGUCUGUUAAACAAGCCCAAAUCUGAGAUGACUCCCGAGGAGCUGCAGAAGCGAGAGGAGGAAGAGUUCAACACCGGCCCUCUUUCAGUGCUCACCCAGUCUGUGAAAAAUAACACACAAGUUCUGAUCAACUGCCGCAACAACAAGAAGCUACUGGGCCGAGUCAAGGCUUUUGACAGGCACUGUAACAUGGUGCUGGAGAAUGUGAAAGAAAUGUGGACAGAGGUUCCCAAGAGUGGCAAAGGCAAGAAGAAGUCCAAGCCGGUCAACAAGGAUCGCUACAUAUCAAAGAUGUUCCUGAGAGGCGAUUCAGUCAUCGUGGUGUUGAGGAACCCGCUCAUCACAGGGAAAUAGCCUCAUCACGUAACACACCGUUCAAGUACAGGCAAUCUCCUGGGACUCUCCUCAGCCAGCUUUAAUAAGAGCUUAACUCACAUUGACUGUCAGCACAUGUUAAAGUGUUUAUUAGGCCAUGCAACAAAGUAAAUCUUGUACAUUUACAUGACAGUACACUUGUCAUUUUGUCUGGUGGCAGUGCAAUUUUGCAGGAGAAUGUUCAGAUUGCCUGGUCAAAGAAAAGCUGAAAAGAAGUUUCCAUCUAGACUUUUUUUUUGUUUGCUUGUUUUUGUGUUUUGUUUCGAAAUCAUAAAAAUGUACUAUUGUUUAGGCACACAGUAGUUGAAUUCUUUUCUUAAUAAACUUUUGGAUAUUCAAACCUC